GAUGGACCGAGCUCCUCACACCUCUACCACCUCUUUGUUUAACCUCACAAUCAGAGACGUAUAGCCAUUAUGGAGGACUUAAGCGAUCAUGGCUGGACUCCCAUACAUCACGCAGCCUACAGGAACCAUCUGUCUCUGGUGGAAAGACUCGUUGAGACCACAGGGCCAGAGAUACUCGAGGCCGUGAGCGACGACAGCUUCCAAAACACCCCCGUGUUACUGGCAGCUUUAAGCGGGAGCCAAAGAAUGGUUACAUUGCUGGUCAAUUUUGGUGCAGAUGUUACAUUUGUCAAUAGGCAGAACCAAGGGGUGGUAGAGAUCUGCGCCCUUCGUGGACACUUUAGCCUCCUAGGAUAUUUUCUCAACCUCCGUAAUCCCAAACUGAACGUCUGCAGAAGACUCAUCGCCCUGCUAGGGUCUGACAAAGACAACGAGAUCCUCGGCUGUUGCUCUGCCGUUUUCGAGAUGACAAGUCGCGUAGACGACUCCGAGAUGGACACCUUUGUGGCCGAGGGCUUGGUGUCUGGGUUGAUCAAUGUUCUUAAGAAUAACUUCUCAGAUGAUGUUAGAAAAGUAGCCUUAAACUUGUUAAAGAGUACCCUGAGGUGCAAAGAAGCAAAGAGACAGAUACUGGAGAACGAGGGUCCCAGAAUACUAGUGUCUCUGAUGGGAACGAGAUCAAGUCAACUUCUGCCCGUCUUGAUGGACUUCAUCGGUGAACUGGCCUCGGAGAAAGAGUUUACAGAAGCAUAUUCUGCGAAUAUUAUCCCGGCUUUAACGCAAGUCAUUUCUAACACUGAUCAUGGGAACAAAGAAGAAGUUUUAUUGCCUGUUUUAAAGAUUUUAGGUUUGCUGGCCGUGGGCUCGCCGGUCUAUAAGGAAGCACUCGGGAGGCAGGCGGGUCUUCUCCUGCACUUGGUGCAACUUUUUGGGGAGUGUCAAUCAAAAGCCUUGCUGGUGGCGUGGAGCGACGCCGUGGGAUGCGUCUCCGCCGAGAAUCGGAACAAUCAGGACACGUUGAUUGGGGAAAACGUGGGAUUUUACCUUCAUCAGAUGUUGAAGUCAAAAUAUAAGGACGUGCAGACGUCUGCAGCGAGGUCCGUGUGCAGGCUCGUGGAAGGCAAUUUGGAGGCGCAGAAGGCUAUGAUGGAGUCUGGCAUCGCUAUUCCUCUGAUACAACUGCUGAAAAGGAGCCGGUCUCAGCAUGCGCAGGAGGAUGUCGCCCAGACUCUGUGGGCUUUGGCCGACGCCGACGCCGAAACGCAGAGAUCGAUGGCGGCCAAGAUAGGGGUAAGUUUGCUGGUUGAGUUUCUCUCAUCUCCGUCUUAUAAGCUCAACCUGAUUGGAGCGAAAGGGAUCGGCGUCCUUGCGCAAGGGCCAUAUGACGUGAAGAAUUCAGUGGCGUCGGAGAACGGCGCGCAUCACCUGCUACGUCUCCUGAGAUCUCCCCGGGAGAACGUGGUGCUCGGUGCUGUACGAGCCCUGCGUCAUAUCUGCCUCGGCGUAGGUUACGUUCCUAACAGCAGAAACCAGACAGCGGUCGCCAACUCUAAAGGACUGAAGAUCUUGGUUGGGCUGAUGGUUCGUUCUCCAUCGCGAUAUAUCCGGGUGGAGGCAGCUCUUGCGAUGGCGGCAUCGGUGCUGGGUCACCCUAAGAACCUUGAUGUACUUGUGAAGAUUCCGGGGUUCAGUUAUAGACACGUUAUCCAGCUGCUCCGCUCCCCAGACGAAGAGGUCCGCGUCCUCGCCGGAGCUGCCUUAGCAACGUUUGCCUUCAACAGCAGAAGCCAACAGAGGGAGAUCGCGCAGAGCGGAGGGGUCCACUGGGGCGACUUCGAACCUUUCCUCCACUCGACCAAUUGGAGUUACAGAGCUCACGCUGCUUUCCAGGUCGUCGUUCUGGCGAGAAUUAUUCCAGACGUGGACCCUGCGUAUACCAGCGCCGCUGGAAUUCAGAUGCUGGUCUGUCUGUUGGAGGGUUCAUCUUCCGGUGAUGUUGUCGCUUUGGCUGCAGACUGCGUGGCCCGACUAUCUCAUACCCGAGCAGGGGUUCCAGCAGCCAUGGUCUCCAUAGAUGUUGUCAGGAUGCUGUGUCAACAUUUGAAGAGUCCCUCGGACCAGGUUAAGGGAUCGGCGGCUAUUGCCUUGAGUUUCUUGAGCUUCAAUCACACGGCGGAAAGGCAGCUUUUAAAGAGAUGCAGAGAAGAUCCACAUCUCAUGAAGGUUUUAAUUUACUACAACAAAAAACAGAAAUGGUCUUCAAAUUUUCUUCAGAGGUGGAACCACAUCAGGGAGCUAAACGUGCCUGAAACCAGGAGCAGAAAAAAGUCGUCUUCCAUCCACGUCAUGUCCAAGUGCAAGAGCCACGUUGAAUGCCAUUUUGCCCCAUAUCCACCCGAAAGUUCCAUGUCUAACUGCGACCGGUUACAAAAUUCAAGGAAAGAGUCUGCAGUCAGCGGGACAUUUGAUAUCGUUGCGUAGCUCUGUCCUUCAUCCGCUCUUGUUUUGUAACAGUUUGUGAAUAAAUUGUUCCUGAUAUGCUGGCGCCUC